CUCGGUACGUGUGGAUAUACUGCUCUAAUUGCUGUGGGAACAGUAGUGAUGAUCGCGGCUAGAUAAUCUGGAAGUGGCUGCCUUUCCUGGUGUGAAUUCAGGGAGAUCAUGGUUGGGUGUUUGCAUUUUAGGCGCAGGAUAUGGCAUUUGAUAUACUGGUUGUCUGGUUUUACGCGACCAAAAGAAUCGGUUGUGUAGGAUGACGUGAAUACAAAUAUGUGGGAAGAUGGAAAUGGCCUACUGGAAUUAAUGAGAAUAGCUGGGAAUUUCUGAAGACCGUUUUUGAACAGACCUUUUCGAAAAUAAGUAGUAUUCUCUAUUGCGUGAAGUGCAAGGCCUCCUUCGUCCCCUUCUCCGAUUGGCGGAGGCUCGAAAGCGGAUAUAAGCGACUACGCUCCCCGCACACAGUCUCUUAGGGAGCGGAGGCAGACGAUCAUGGAUGGGACGCGCUCUGCGCAGGAAGAAAGCGACGAAGAUAACAACAGCGCUCCUUCUCCGCCCCCCGAAAGAAACCGGGCGACUGCUGGAGGAGGAGGAGGAAGAGACCCCGACGACUUGGUGGUGAAGCCUCAGAGAAAGAAGGUGUACGUGCACAGAUGCCCUUUCACCCACGACUGUUCGCACCGCUGCAGAGACCGAAACAAGGGUGCCAGUGAUCUCCCGCCGAACGUCCCGACGGACGGUUCCGAGGCGCUGUUGUUUUCCAGUGACCCCCUCAAGGUUCGGAACCCGUCGUGCCCGAGCGAGGGCAGUGAUUGUGCCGAAUACCCUCGGUUCCUGGGCAGUGAUCGGAGUGCCGAACCGCCGACCAGUGUCGAACGUGAUAGUGUGUGCAUGCCAGUGUAUAAUCCCGAGCAAAGACUCGUCUAUUUACAGAGGGGGCUCAGUAAGGCUGCUGCAGGGAGAGAGGUCCGAAGGGCGUCUCUCUUGUCGUCCUUCGCCUUGUCGCCCUCUUCCGAAAGCCCCUUCCGAAGGACGUACUCGACGCAGUCUUGGCCCCCUUGUUUCGGGGCUUCCCCUCCGCCUCCUAUCCCUCUCACCUCCCACCGGACGUUUCCCGAAGACAACGCGGGUGGCCCCUACCCUCCUCCUCCUCCUCCUCCUCCUCCUCGUGUGCCCUCAGUUGCGUCCUCGACGUCGCAGAUCUCAAGGAUCAGGGACACGGCGAAUCUCAUGGCUUCCUUGGGCGCUCCCGAGGGCCUGAGGAGUUUGCCUUACUCGUUCUCUCAGCCUCUACCUCCGACGGCCCCUCCCCACAACGCCACCGCCUCCAUCACGUCGGGCUUUCACUCCGAAGGGAUCAAUCAAGGGGCGCCCUCGGGUCGUCCGACGGACGCUAUCACUCCACUGUUCCGGCAGUACUGCAGACACUUCUUCCUGGAAACUCUGUGUCCAGGGGUGACCGAGAGCGAGGUGCGGCCGGUGGCGUCGGCGGUGGAGUCCCUGGAAGACCGAGUUUUCUUGGACAACGCCAAAUCUAAGAUAGAUUACUGUUACCAGUUAGCAAAGAAGCUGUGUUGUAUCCAGGAAGAACUGCAGCAAAUCUCCAGAGUCAGCCAGCAAGGAAUCUCUCUCAUGGGGGAAAAGAGAGGAGGUCCUUCUUGAGACGCGAGAGAAGGCUUUUUGUCAAAUGGGACAGAGUGAAUCCUUUUCUGCCUAGCGGGUAAAAAUCCUCCAGGAGUCACCACCAGCUGGUAGCGAACUUCAGGAUUUGAGGAACGAAUGAAUAUCUUGUAUUAUUUAUAUGUACUACUUUCUUCAGGAAUUUUUCGUCUGUUGGAUUUGGAGUCACGUUUCUCACUUACGUAUUAUUUUUGCUUCGUCUUAAUGGAACUUCCAACUUCUGAGGAACGGAAGGAUCCCCACCUCUCAGGGCAAAGGGAUGGUUGAUAGUGGUUCUCGUUUAUGAGAUAAUGUUAAUAGGUACACUCUCGAUUUCCCGGUUAUCACAGCGGAGAGCCGUUAAGGAUAUGAAGUUAUGCAUCUUGAUUGUCGUUUCUUUUCAAUUUUUAACAGCAAUUUCUUUAAAUUAUUAAAAAAAUGUAAAAAUGCGCAAGUAAAUGAACUAAAAUAGCCAUAUUGGUUAUUUUAAAUAAAUAUCGACAAGUCUUGCAUGUAAGUUCCAGGUGUUUUGGGAUGAAAUACUUGUAGCGUUUUUUGGCAAGAAUCUUCAUAUAGAGUUGCCAACUCGACUUUUAUUGAAAUAUUUGGACAAUGUUAUGAAAAAUAUGAUUUUUAAAUUCGUACCUAUUAGUAUUCUCCAAAAAAAUGAAUGAUAAAGGUAAAACAUAGAGGCGGUUCACUAAUGGAAUGAAAAUAUAUCUACAAUUGUAAGAUAAUGCUGGAAAGGCGACAGAAUCGUCCAGACUGGCAACUGUUCUCCAGUUCCAGAGCACCGAAUUUAGGAUUAUGUGCAGUUUUUUCUUUAUUUUCAAGGUUUUCUCCUACCGGGGAGAGUUAAUGGUAAUAACAGUGAUAUAUAUGAUGUACAACAAUAAAAUGUAGUAACGUGAA